AGUGAAUAUUAACGUUUAGUUACGAAUGAAUGUUAAAGCGAAGUCGUGAAGGUUUGAAUUCGAAUAAAGAUGAAUACGGCGUUAAAACACUGGAAGGAAGCGGCGACGGUGAUCUUAGCAGCAGGAAUGAAACACAAGCGAGCGGUCGAGGCUCUGUGGAGAGACACAUCCGGGUCCCGCUCAGCUCUACUACAACAACAUGUACACGUACCCCCCAAAUCAGCCUUCGAUUAUGAAGUCCUGCUGCUCAAACGCAGCUCGAAAAGCGGCUUCAUGCCGAGCGCUUAUGUCUUCCCGGGUGGAAUCGUGGAGCCGGUGGACUUCUCGGCAGAAUGGCUGGAGCUUUUCAAAGCGUUUAGGCACUUACCGAACUUCGGAGUGUCCGUCGUGAAGCAGCCGAUCGAGAGCCGACCGCCGAUGUUCGCAGCCGAUCGUGUGCAGUUCGGCUCUCCCAUACCGGGAGACAUCGCGUUCAGAAUCUGUGCUGUCCGAGAGACGUUCGAGGAAUCCGGGGUUCUCCUGGUGGUCCCCACUGAUGAAGCAGAACAUGCCAAAUCUCGCAAUCAGUCCGACCAUCAGCUCACAGCACUGAGCGAUCGCUGGGAUAGAAGCUCGAUCUCCAAGUGGAGAUCACUGGUGCUCCAGAACUCAUCCAACUUCAUCCAGAUGUGUAAAGAACUCGAGUGUCUGCCUAAUAUUUGGGCUCUACAUGAAUGGGGGAACUGGCUCACCCCUGAUGGAGUCAAUUCCAAACAGAGACGGUACGACACAGCCUUCUAUAUGUGCUGUCUGAAGGAAAUCCCAACUACACUGCAGGACCAGAAGGAAAUCGUACAUUUUAAGUGGUCCUCUCCGUCUGAAAUACUUCACAGCUACCAAAACAGAGAAUUUUGGAUAGCACCACCUCAGUUCUACGACCUCGGUCGAAUGUGCAAUUUUCCUUUACUGAGUGACCUGCACGACUUUGCCAAACGGAGAUCAACAGAGGGCUGUGAGCAGUGGCUACCGGUCAUCCUUCCGGCUACCGACGGCAGCAUAACAGUAUUACCAGGUGACAGUCAGUACACAAACACAAUACCUGACGCCGGGAAGACUAGCAGCACCGCGGCACCCAAGAAACGUCUAGAACAGCUGCAGGAGGACACAGAAGGUUCCAACAUGCAUCGCAUCGCAUUCCAAAAUCUUUAUAAUGCCUCAGUCUAUGUGAACAUCAUACCCAAAUACAAACACCUGGCUCCCCUCACCAGCUCAGACCCGAAUGGUCUCUCUAAGCACAAUAGUAAGCUCUAAUGGUGCAUUUCUGACACUAAACAGAACGUAGGAACACUUACCUCUUGUCAUUUUGCACAAUAAAAUGCUUUAAAUACCUUCACUGGGGGGUCUUAAAUCAUUGCCAUCAAACAUUAUUGAUCAUGCAGUUCAGCACAUUACACCAUUCAUUAUCUGGUGGGUCUGAUUCAUGGGCAUAAGGUUGGAAACACCCUGGACAGGACUGACACCCACACACCUGGGGCUAUUUUUAGUAGCCCCAAUUGGCCUGACUGGAGGUCUUUGGACAUGUGGGAGGGAACUGGGGCACCCAGAGGAAACCCACACGGACACAGAAAGAACCCUGGCUGUCCAGCCAGGAAAUCGCUUAUCCAAUUAGAGUCGUGGGGGGAUACUGGAGCCUAUCCCAGCUUUUCAAUGGGCGCAAGGCGCACAGUAACACCCUGGACGGGGUGCCAGUCCAUCGCAGCACAGUGCAGACACACACACAUACACAUUCACCUAUAGGGCAAUUUAGUGUCUCCAGUUAACCUGACUGCAUGUUUUUUGACUGUGGGAGGAAACCCACACAGACACGGGGAGAACAUGCAAACUCCGCACAGAACGGACCCGGACCGCCCCGUCUGGGGAUCGAACCCAGAACCUUCUUGCUGUGACACCUAAUUGCAGUAUUAGGAGGUUUCUGUAAAGCUCAGAAAAUAUAUGUACACAAAGCUAUUUAAGGCUCUAAGUCGGCAUUAAACUGUAUCUGAAGUACUACUGCACUGUUACAUUUUUACCCAUCAUCCACUGCUGUUGAAAAAGGGUUAAGAUUUAUAACAUUGUCUAUAAAUUUGU